AUGCAGAGCAUGCAAUACCUGAACCAAUUUGGGGAGUUCUAUAAACGCUCACCCGACGAGUUCGAAGGGUUUGCCGUGGAAUAUGGACACAACGGCCUUUCAAAGGCAAGUGACUUGUUCAAAAAGCCAUUUGUUGUCGAGAUGUUGGGCAGUGGGUUUGAGAAGCCGUCUGGUGCCAGAUACUUCACCCUCCGGUUCCCUCGAAUCUUGAAGAUCCACUCGGACAGAUCUAUGGAGGAUGCCGCUUCUUUCCGUGAGCUCCAGAUCCUAGCCGAAAAUGCUCGAGCUGCCCCCCUGGAUGAACUGGAAGAAUUGGAAGAGCGCGAAGCAUGGCGCAAACGCCUCAAAGUAGGGAGCCAAACCAAUCAGUCUAUCGAAAGGGCGUCAGAUCCGGAGGCAACAUGCUCAGAUACUGAUUCAUCGCCAAAUUCCCCGGCACCCCAAAUACCGUGCGCGCCAACUGCUUCCGAGGAUAGUUACAUGGAAGCACGUCCACUGAUCGACUGCGUGGUUGAUGACAGCACGCAAAAGGGAUACUUUGCUCAGUCGCGUGAUGGUCCUUCAAGCAUCCCUUUGAUACACGUCGAUGGAGCUAUACUUCUCAAGGAGCCUGAAAUUCAAAAUUGCGAAGAAGGUGUGCUAGUGAACAACAUCAAUUUGGCAUCUCACCGAGCUUCCAGUCAAAGGGAUGAAAAAGUUCCUCCGCAGUCAUCCGAGAAUUAUUCGUUCCCUGCAGAAUGGCUCCAGGAACCACCGGUACCGGGUCUGGGAGUCUCUGGUACAUCUAGCCCUAUGCGGGCGGCCAGUUCAAUCAGCAUGUCCAAUACACGUGCACAAUGCCCGCAAGACGUGAGGACAGUUGGUCCAACCAUUGAGCCACCCUCUCACUCUUUGAAGAGAAAGUUGUUCCCCCAAUCCCCAUUGACCACAAUCCCACUGUGGACACCUGAAACAUCAUUUGGCAGCUUUGCACUUCCCGAAACCAAAGGACACAACAAACGAGAUAUGAACUCCGACAGCUUGCAGCAAUUUAUCCUCCAAAUCAGCUCGAGUGCAGCAGCAUUCGGACUGGAGCAGUCAAACCCAUAUGCCGCAGCCCAAUGCAUGAAAUAUGGGAUAAUUCUAUUCAAUCCUAGCAUGACUGCGCUCGGCGAAGAAAUGCACAGAGUCGUGACUACUCUCUCCACCCUAGCCAACCAUGAAGUUUGCGCGGUAGCCACUGCCGGAAAAGUCUUCUUCUUGGCCUCCAGCAUGCUGGCUCGAGAUCUUCGUCCAGAUGACUGCCGCUUUUGUCUACGCGAAACAUGGGAGAAGAUUGGAUCGGAACAUUACUAUGGAUGUGUCAGUUGGGAUCCUCGCGUGUCCUCCACCCACUCCGUCAUGAACAGAGUAAAUGGCAUAUCAAUGCCGAAACCUCCUGUGCUGGCUGAUCAGUCUUUGCCUAUCCGUUCAAAGCCCUGGAUUAACAUCUCGUUUGCUGCCUCGGACGUGGCUGUUCUGGGCGAAUAUACCUCGAUUGAUCCGCCUUCCCUUGUCCGAGAUGUUUGA